AUCGUAAGUGGAAUCAGCUCCCGGGGCAUCUCCGAUAGCCUUUCUGCUAUUUAGUUUUAUAAGCUUUGUUUUCAUUUCGUUCAAACAAGAGGAUCAGAUGGGCGGAGGCUGGAAGGCGAUAAGUGAUUGCAAAGCAAUUGCCGAAAGCGCUUAGAUUCGAGUCAAACUAAUCGCGUGUUUUGUCCCGAUCGGUCGCGAAUCACUCUCCUCUCCGCUUUCCGGGCAAGCCAUCCUUAGCCCCGAAAUGAAGUCCGUUCAAUGGGUAAAAGUAACGCUCUGCCUGAUCCUUGCGUCACUGAAUGUCUACCUGUUUGUGGUGUCCCUUGGCGUUAAAUACCCCAUCCUAGUUGCUAGGGAGCACGUACGCUUCCGCCAGGAGAUGCCCACCAUGGACAGCUGGAUAAACUCGCCGUUCGGCAAACUGAAGAACUAUGUCUUCAACGUGACCAAUGCCGAGGAGUUCAAGAGCGGCCGCGACAAACGGCUAAAGGUGCAGGAGAUCGGACCCAUUACAUACAGAAUCGUGGGGUUUAACGACAUUCUGGAAAGGAACGCGACUAACGUUAAAUACCGCAAGCACCGGUACCGCGUAGUGGAGUUCCUCCCGGAGGAGAGCGUCUCCCCCGACGUCCUCAACUGGACAAUAACGUCCACCAAUAACGUGAUGUUGGGCACAGCAUCGAAAUUGAAGGCAACGGCGCCGUAUUCGGAAAUAGGUUUCGGAGCGAUCUUUUUGAUGGAGAAUAUGUUUAUCACUGAUACCGUCUACUACUUCCUGUGGGAGUUCACACGACCUUUGCUGAAUGCGCUUUCCAACGUCUCCAAGAUAAAGCCCAAUGUUGCAGUGCUGCACAACGCCCUCAAGGAGAAGGAGGAGGUCUACACGGUGAACAUUGGCCCGGAACGUGGCAUCGAAAACUUCUUCCGGAUCGAAACGCUUAACGACGAGGUCAUCAUUCGGGAGCAGCUUCCGCACACACACCGCUUAUACUCCGACCAGUGUCCGUACAAUGUGACCGGCGCCCUGGACAACUCCCUCUUCCCGCCCUUUGUCCAGCCGAACACACCGCUGGACAUAGUGGCCAUCGAGUCCUGCCGCGUACUACCGCUUACCUACCAGCGCCAGGAGCGCUUCAACGGACUCGACACCUUCCGCUAUACGCUGCUCAAGGCCAACCAGACGCCACCGGCAUGCCUGAGCACCAGCUACGGGAUCAAGUUGCACGACGGGAUGUUCGACGUAUCCCAGUGUGUGAUAAAUCAGGCCCCCUCUGCGUUCUCGAUGCCACACUUCUACGGGAGCAGCUACAACUGGAGCGAGCACUUCGAGGGAUACACGCCCAAUGCCGAGGACCACGAGCCCUACAUUCUGCUGGAGCCGGUAACGGGCAUUCCGGUUACGGAGAAGUACCGCUUCCAGUCCAACAUUCCCAUUCCCGAUCUCAAUGGGUAUAGUUACCGAUUAAGGAGGUUUAGCAACAUGAUGAUUCCCAGCUUUUGGUAUGAGUUCGAAAUGGGCCAGCUGCCCGGUUUCGUUACCGCCCUGAUGUGGAUCAACGUGAACGUGGUGCCCCACAUGCAGCCGUACUGCAUGGCGCUCUUCCUGGUUGUGGCCUUGUGGAGCGUCUUAAAGGCGAUCCGAGUAGCCUGCGGCGGCAUCGGCUACAAGGAUCUCUUUCGCAGGGGAUGCUGUGGCGACUUGAGCACGGUCACCGGGCUGGAGACCACGUUCCAGGCGAACGCUUCCUCACUGGUUGUGGUUAAGUAGUUUCCAGAGCCCUGGUUUACUUCUCAGACUGGACCCGUGUAUAUAUACGAUAUAUAUAUGUACAAUAUUUAGAGUUAGGCUAGAGGUGUCGCUGCCGAUGCAUUAUCAGUAGUUCGCCGUUACGUAAUAUACGAUCGUGAGGAAAAUUGAA